UUACUUUAUUCAAAUAGUUUCAUUAAAAAAUAUGAUCAUUUUACUUCCCCCCAUCAAGUUUCAAAUUUAAAGUUGCGUGAGACAGUUUUGUUAAACUUUAUUAUUUAAUUUGUUUCUUAAAUAUGACAUAAGACAAACAUUUGAUGGCUUGGGUAAUAUUAAUACAACAAAAGUCUGCACAAAGUAGAAUAAUUUUAUUGAAGCUUGCUCCUACGCAACUGUUUCUUCAACUUUAAUGCUCCAGCAAAUUAAUGAACGCCAAAUCACAAAACGACUAAUCUUAUUUUAGAAACUGAAAAUAGAAAUUCAAUUCAAACAGCGCAGCUCAAAAUUUAGUCAAAAACUCCACCAACAUCCGUUGCAGAAGCAGAUUUCUUGGUCAAUCAAUGGAAGAUGAAGAAGAAGAAGAAGGGUUUGGGUUUUGCUGGGUGUGAUCUUGUUUGUGUUUGUCUGGAAAUUUCCUAGUUUGAAUUUUUGUUGUCUGAAAAUGUCUGUGAAAGGUAAAAGGGAUGGUCCCAUAAGCCCUGUGCUUUUCAAAUUAGGUGUAGGUUUGGCUUUUUCCCUUGGUGGGAUUGUCUUUACUUUUCUCAGAAGCAAAAGAAUUAUGCUUCCCAAACCAAAACCUUCACUGCCUUCUCCAGGUAAGGGCAGCCAGGCUGAUUCAGAAGUUGCUUCUAAGAACCUAACUAUCCCAAAAGUUACUUCUCAGAAUUCUUUAAGUGAGGUCUCCUCUAGUGAUGGUAGAAGCGUCGAAGAUAGAGAUGGCUUUCUCUUUCACGAGCUGGAUCAGCUCGUAAAAGAAUAUGACAUGGCAACGGAUGAUGCUUCUCGGAGGAAGAAUGGACAAUCUUUAGAACCCAAUGUCGAACCAGUUAAGGAAAAUGAGGGAGAAGAGCUCAGAAGCCUAAGGAGUAAGGUUGAAAUUCUCGAGCAAAGGGAGAAGAUCCUCGAGAAUCAACUGCUCGAGUACUAUGGCCUUAAAGAACAGGAAAAUGCUGUGUUGGAGCUUCAAAACCGGCUAAGAGUGCACAAUAUGGAGGCUAAGCUCUAUAACCUUAAGAUCGAGUCCUUGCAGUCGGAGAACAAAAGGUUGCAGGCUAAAGUGGCCGAUCAUGAAAAGGUCGUUGCAGAGCUUGAAUCUGCGCAAGCCAAGAUAACACUGCUGAGGAAGAAGCUUAGGUUCGAAGCUGAACAGAACAGGGAGCAGAUUUUGAGGCUUCAAGAAAGAGUGAUGAAGAUGCAGGAUCAGGACAAGAAGGCCGUUGUUGAAGCUGAUCGAGAUGUGCAAAUGCAGUCACACGAAUUGGAGGAGACGAAGAGGUGUAAUCAGAGCUUGAAGCUUGAGAAUUUGGAGCUGGCUCGGAAAGUAGAGAGCCUACAAAUGCUUGCUAAAUCUGCUUUAGAUGAUAAAGAGGUUGAAGCACUUAAAGAAGAGAGCCAGCUUCUAAGGCGACAAAACGAAGAUUUCAGGAAGGAAAUCGACCAGCUCCAAGCUGACCGGUGCACAGAUGUUGAGGAGCUCGUCUACCUUCGAUGGAUAAAUGCUUGUCUGCGCUACGAGCUGAGGAAUUAUCAGCCCAGCCCGGAUGAAACCAUAGCUAGGGACCUCAGCAAGACGCUAAGCCCCAAGUCGGAGGAAAAGGCAAAGAAACUCAUUCUUGCAUAUGCAAAUAGAGAAGGCUGCUCCAGUGGCAAGGAUCUGGACAUUGGUGAUUUCUAUCGCGAUGACUGGUCCAUAUCCCAGGCCUCGUAUCUCACAGACUCUGGUGAGCCCGAUGACCUCCCAAAUGACAGCUUCUGCGACAGCAAUGCAAGUCACCGGAGCAAAAAGAGAGUCUUCGCCAAGCUGAUGAAGCUGCUGCGAGGAAAAGACAACGAUGGCCAUCAUGUUCAGACAACGCCAUCCUCAUCCAGGGAGAGAGCUGCAUCUGUAGACGACGCUGGUGAUGGCCUCACGAAGACAGCAACGACCUCAUCAGGCACUUCGUCAAGACAAUCUUUCGACCUGCAUUCGCGAGGUCAGAAGAAUGCUGGUGGAGAAAGUUCUAGAAGGAUGAGUGACGAUGUUUCUCUGAGUAUAUUCAGAAGCUUCGACGCGGUAGCAGGGUACGACAACGAAGCUCAGAGUGCUGCAAAAACUGAGCUCGUGAAAUAUGCUAAGGCGUUGAAGGAGUCUCGUCCUAGACCAGCAUUUAGACGAAGAUCAGUCUCUUUUGGUUCCUUUUGAUCACUUUAUUUUUUGAGCUUUUUUUCUUUUUUCUUUUUUCUUUUCCUAACCCCAAAAUAUACCAGUAGAGAAAGGCUGGGGUUUUACUUAGUAAUUGCGUGAUUCACAAAUAGAUCAGAAAUAUCAUAAAUAUGUAAAACUUGAUAAUCAAAAUAGGUAGAGGAUGCUUUGUAAAGAAAAAAGUGUUCACGUGUGAUUUUUCCAUAUUUUGCUCUUAAACUGCAAUUAAACUUCUUUUUUUGAGCCCUCUU